AUUUAAAAGUCAAACCAAAUAAGUAAUAAUAUUUAAUUUGUGGUCUAUAAAAUUUGUAUGUUGUGUCUUCCAAGAAUCUGGGUAAUAGAUAACUGACAUCGUUUAUAUUCAUGGAAGCCGCCUUCGAUCUGAUAGUAUAUCAGCACAGUCUCAACUAGUCUUGAUAUCAGCAAGUCGCCGGUCACUACUAGCUCUACAAACUGUUGCUCUGCAGGCCGCUAUAGUAUUCUUGACGUCGUGCCGGCAACUUCAAAUAUUUUAACUAUUAAAUGACAUAGCAAUCAUGAUGAACUCUCUAUGUAGGAUCAGUUAUCAAACAAAAAUUGCUCCAUUAAGGUUUUAUUCUGUUUCUGCAGUUCAGAACGCAAAGCAUUCAUGUAAAGUGCUAGUAAUUGGGGGUGGAUCGGGAGGUUGCACAAUAGCCGCAAAGUUUGCUAGGAGAUUAAAAAAAGGAUCUGUCAUUGUUUUGGAGCCAAGUCCUGACCAUUACUAUCAACCACUAUUUACUCUCGUGGGGGCCGGAGUGACUUCAGUGGCAGCGACACGGCGUAGUGCGAAGAGUGUUCUACCAUCCAACGCAACUUGGGUCAAAGAUACCGCGCAAUGUAUAGAUGCUAAGAACAAUGUCGUUAGAACAGCUGAAGGUCAUGAAAUUAACUACGAGUAUGCAGUUAUCGGUGUCGGAUUGCAGUAUGAUUAUGAUAAGGUUCCCGGCCUCCGAGACGCCUUGAACGAUAAAGCCAGUUGUGUGUCAACGAUAUAUUCUCCUGACUAUUGUGAGAAAACCUGGAAUGACAUCCGUAACUUCAAAGGUGGUGAGGCAGUGUUCACAUACCCGGAUACGCCAAUAAAAUGCCCGGGCGCUCCACAAAAGAUCGCAUACAUGGCGGAUGCGUACUUUGAUAAGACGGCAAUUCGCUCGCGGGUAAACAUUACAUACAACACUUGUCUCCCAGUAAUUUUCGGUGUGAAGAAAUAUGCUGAUAUCCUCAUGGAAGUCGUCAAGAAGAAACGAAUCAACGUGAACUACAAGACAGUGCUCAAAGAGGUCCAUGCUGAUAAGAAGGAAGCUGUUUUUUUCAUCACUGAUGAUAAGAGCAAGGAAAUAACACUCCCAUACGACAUGCUGCACGUGACACCGCCUAUGCAUACACCUGAAUUUCUCCGGAACAGCCCCGAUAUUGUGGAUGGAAGUGGUUUCCUGGAUGUGGAUAAGUUUACCCUUCAGCAUAAGAAGUACUCGAAUAUAUACGGCAUUGGUGAUUGCACAAACACACCUAAUAGCAAGACUGCGGCUGCUAUAGCUAAACAAUCAUACGUCGUAGAACAUAACCUCCUCAGUACGAUGUCGGGUAAACAAAGUCUCGAUCAGAAAUACAACGGGUACGGCGCAUGUCCUAUAGUCACAGAAUAUGGCAAGUGUAUACUCGCGGAGUUCUUAUACGAUGGCGUGCCAAGAGAGACAAUGCCCAUUAACCAGGUGAGCACGGGAAAGUGUAAAGUACUUGUGGUGGGAGCUGGGGCUGGCGGGUGCAGCGUGAUAUGGCGUUUACACAAAAAGCUGUCGGACAAAGACAUUAUUGUUAUUGAACCAUCUGCGGUCCACUACUACCAACCAUUAUUCACACUGAUUGGGGCUGGUAUAAAGAAGUUUCCGCAAAGCCACAAACCACUCCAGAGCAUUCUGCCAUCUAAGGUCAUGUGGUUAAAAGACCAGGUAGAUGAGUUUGACCCUUGCAAUAAUGCAGUGUUCACCCAUUGCGGGCUUAGAGUGAGAUACGAUUCGCUAGUCAUUGGCGUUGGGUUAAAGAACGACUAUGAUAAGAUCCCAGGACUUUCCCGCUACCUUAAAGACCCAUUAGUCCAAGUCUCUACGAUCUACUCGCCCCAAUUCUGUACAAAAUGUUGGUGCAAUGUUCAGCGUUUUGGUGGUGGCCAUGCUAUUUUCACCUUCCCUAAAGAAGUGGGGAAGUGCUCUGGAGCAGCGCAGAAGAUCAUGUAUCUGGCACAUGAUUAUUGGAAAAAAAAAAAGAUAAUUAAAAAUUCAAGUAUUACAUACACGACUCCGAAGGAAACUCUCUUCGGUAUUCCGAAAUACGCCAAAGCUUUAACCCAGGUUGCAGAAAGCCGUGGUAUAGCUGCCAACUACAAGUUGGAACUAAAGGAAGUAACGCCAAGAAAUGCAGUCUUCAUCGGAAAUGGCGGACAGACAGUAAUCCUUCCAUACACUUUCAUGCACGUGACGCCGCCUAUGUCCCCGCCCACUUGCCUUACUAAAUGUACGGAGCUGGCUUCCAAAGGGUAUUUAGAAGUGGACAAACAUACAUUACAGCAUAAGCGAUAUUCCAAUGUCUUUGGAAUUGGUGACUGUAUAAAUACUCCUAGUAGCAAAACAGCGGCUGCCGUUGCCAAUCAAAGUAAUGUAGUCGCCCAAAAUCUAUGGGAUUCAAUGUAUGGAAAGCCAUUGAUUGCGAAAUAUGAUGGAUAUGGCGCAUGUCCCAUCCUUACAUCGUACAAACGAGGGAUUAUUGCCGAAUUCAAAUAUGACGGAAAGAUUGCUGAAACUUUGCCAUUUGAUCAGGCAAAAGAACGUCGUAUCUGCUUUUACUUACAAAAUAAUGUAUUCCCAUAUUUAUACUGGAAUAGACUAUUAAAAGGGAAAUGGAAUGGACCAGGAACAAUACGAAAAAUGAUAAACCCUUUCGCAAAACAAACAAGGGAAAAAUAAAAAAUAUUUAUUAACUUACUCAGAUUCUAAAAUACACUUAAAUCUAUUUUAUUAACGAAAAUCAUCAACAAGAAAUAA